UAACUGUUGGUGAAGAUGGCGUCUCAGCCGCAGCAGCUACAAUCCGUUGGGUCAAUGUCUCAGCCAGGAUUACAACAAGCCGCUGCGAUACAGCAGCAGCAGCAGCAAAUCAGUCAACAGCAAGACUUUGAUCCAGUUCACAGAUUCAAGAUGCUAAUUCCACAGCUGAAGAAGAGUUUGCAGAAUUUAAUGAAGAUUGCAUCCCUGAAUUUAGCUCACAACACAUCAAUUGAUAACGGCAUCAAAAGCAGCGACACUUCGGUUCAGCGCUUUGACAAAAGUCUGGAGGAGUUUUACGCCCUUUGUGAUCAACUGGAGCUUUGUUUGCGUCUGGCAUACGAGUGCCUCUCACAAAGCAUUGACAGUGCCAAACAUUCACCCAACCUGGUCCCAACAGCCACCAAGCCAGACACCGUGCAGACAGAGUCCAUGUCUUAUGCUCAGUACCUUGGAAUGAUCAAGUCUCAGAUCUCCUGUGCCAAAGAUAUCCACAAUGCUUUGCUGGAGUGUUCCAAGAAGAUCGCAGGAAAAGGACAGCCUCAGGGAAUCAUGUAGAUCUGGACAGACUACUUGGACAUUUUUGGGGGGGAUUUGGACUUGUGUUCCACAUUUCUUUUCACAUGAUCGCAUAUCAUUGAGUUUCUUAGAACUUUCUCUUGUAAAUGCUGUGUAAAUAUUUAUCUCAAAAAGUCAUGUUUGAUGAUUGCCAGCAGGUGGUGACAAAGUUGCAGGCACUUUUGUAGCAUAUUUCUGAUCAUUAAACAUUUGUACUGA